UUGUUGUCACAGAAAGAAGACCCCUCCAUUCACUCUUCAUCACCCGUCUGCGGUAGAGACGGUCACCAGGCAGCUUCCAAUGGCCGAUACCGUUCCAACACCACAAUAUGCCGCGCCAGCAGCAGUCGCGCACAGUGAGGAAGAACGGUACAUCCAGCAAACCCCGGUCUGGGUGGUCGUUGUUCGCGGCUUCCAGCUCCUCCUCAGCUUCGUGAUCCUGUGCAUGGCUGGGUAUCUCAUCCAUGGGCUCGCCGUGGGUGCCAACGUCUUCGCGCUUGUUUGCUGGCUGUUCACUUGGAUCGUCGUAGGUUAUGGGCUCAUCACCGAGAAGGUGCGGGGCGCGCAGAAGGCAUACAACGUGUGGGCCGUCCUAUCGCUCGACCUUCUCAUGGCUGUUUUCUGGCUGGCGUCGCUCGGGGCCAAUGCCGCUCUGCGCGCACAGUUCAACACAACCAUCAAUGUCGACAGCUGCAAUAACAAUGGCAGCGCCGUCAACAGCAACAUGUGCACCGUUUCCUCGAAGAAGAUGAAGCGUGGUGGUGUGCUCGCCGACCACACUGCACUCGCAUGUAUUAGCGCCAUUGCUGGCCUAAGUGCCCUAAACUGGCUGCUCUUCAUCGCAACGCUUGUCUUCCACGGACACACUUUCCGCUUGUGGCGCCAGGAGAACAAGAAGCCAUCUGUCGACAACGCGACCGCCGAGAUGAAGCUGGAGGGCGCUCCGAUGUUGGCCACCCAGGCCGUGGCCACCCAGGCCGUCGCCGCCGAGCCCGGUGCCCCGCAGUACUCGUCCCAGCAGCAAUACCAGUCCCAGGUGUACCCGUCCCCGGCUGAGGCCGAUGCCUAUCCACAGCAGGCGGCGGUGUACCCGCAGCCCGGGGUUUAUCCACAACAGACCGCGGCCGGCUACCCCCAACAGCAGCCCGUCCAGUACCAGCAGACCGGCGAAUCGUACGCUUCUUCCUACCCCGACACAAACGAGGCGCAGUAUCCAUACCAGCAGCAGCCUUAUAGCCCGCAUGGGACGCCAGCACCGGGGCAGCCAUACUAUCCGCCCCAUCAGCCUCCACCCAAAUGAACGGACACUGCGUCAGAUGUGUGUUUCAUGGUUCUUUCGAUGACUAGAAGGGUUCAACAGUGGCUUUCGGAACGGCGCAUUUGGUAUCU